AUGCUGUCCCAACGAAUCUUGGCCCGCCGCCUGCCUCAGGUGGCCGCCCGCUACACCGCGCCUCGCGCCUCAUUCUCACAGGUCCGGAGUCUCAAAGCUGCGGAGGUGGACGAUCCGUUGCAGAACAACAACUACCAGAACCCUCCCCGUGUUAAGCGCGCCUUCAGAGACCCCUACGGCGAUUGGUGGGACAAGCAGGAGAGACGGAACUUUGGCGAGCCCGUUCACGAGGAGAACGAAAUUCUCGGUGUCUUCAGUCCCGAACAAUAUACCCACGUCACGGCUCGCAAAGGUCUCCUCCAGGUCGGAGCCUUCGUCGUAACCUUCCUCGGACUGUGCGGUGUCGUCAGCAUGUUCUACCCCGACAAGCCCAGUGUUCCCAAGACCUAUCCCGAUGGCUUGGAGAAGGAGCUCGGUGGUCCGGGUGCUGCUCCGGCCCGCAAGUCCGACGAGGCUAGCUGGUGA